AUGAGGAAACAGUUGGAUCCACGUAUAGCGACAUUGAUUCGCAAUAAUGUCGCUUUGAAUCAUCGAUCUUUCUUCAUUAUGGUAGGCGAUCAUGGGAGAGAUCAAGUGGUGAAUUUGCAUUAUCUUCUCUCACAAUCAAGAACAUCAUCAAGACCAAGUGUAUUAUGGUGUUAUAAGAAAGAUUUGGGAUUUACCACCCAUAGAAAGAAGCGAGAAGCAAAGAUCAAGCGGGACAUCAAAAGAGGCGUUCGGGAAAAAGGAGAUGCAAUGGAUCCGUUCGAACUAUUUGUCAGCGUAACGGAUAUUCGAUAUUGCUACUAUAAAGAUACACCCAAGAUUUUAGGAAGAACGUUUGGAAUGUUGAUCUUACAAGAUUUUGAAGCAAUUACGCCAAACCUCUUAGCACGUACUAUCGAAACAGUAGAAGGUGGCGGUGUGGUUGUCUUGCUAUUGAAAACGAUGACCAGCCUUCGACAACUAUAUUCGGUCGCAAUGGAUGUGCAUUCGAAAUAUCGUUCUUCUUUUGAUCCAUCAGAUCCUGUGGCACGCUUCAAUGAGCGUUUCUUACUCUCCCUUUCCUCCUCGCCGGAUUGUUUGGCUUUGGAUGAUGAAUUGAACGUCUUACCGAUCUCAAAAGGUAAAGAUAUAAGACCAUUCGACGAGAACGAUGGAGCAGAAUCCAGUAAAUCAGAGUUGAAAAGGCAGACAGAGAAGCAAGAAGAAUUGCAAAAUCUGAGGGAUGAGUUGGGACAAACAAGAAUCGUGACUGAUGUGAUCAAACAUGCGAAGACGCUGGAUCAAGCCAGAGCGGUAUUGACCAUUUUGGAUAUUUUGGCUUCCUCAAAUCUAUCAACGACUGUCACAUUAACAGCAGCAAGAGGAAGAGGAAAAUCUGCAGCUUUAGGUUUAUGCAUCGCAGCUGCUAUCGCACAUGGAUAUUCGAACAUCUUUGUUACAUCGCCUUCACCCGAAAAUCUGCGUACCUUAUUUGAGUUCGUCUUCAAGGGUUUAGAGGCAUUGGAUUACGAAGAAGUAGCUGAUUGGGAUCUACAAAGAGGGACUGGAGAAUGGAAAGAUGUGAUCUUACGCGUGAAUGUCUUCAGAGGACAUCGUCAAACGAUUCAAUAUAUUUCACCUAAUGAUGCCCAUGUGCUGGGACAGGCUGAAUUGCUGGUGAUCGAUGAAGCUGCAGCUAUACCUCUUUCUAUGGUGAGAAAGUUGAUGGGACCUUACCUGGUAUUCUUGAGCAGUACAAUCAAUGGAUAUGAAGGAACGGGUCGUAGCUUGAGUCUCAAACUUAUCCAGCAAUUACGCGAUAGCGCAGGAGGUAAGGCAACUAAAACAAUCGAAAAUGAAGUAUCUCUUCGUGAACCGAUCCGAUAUUCUUCGGGUGACAAGAUUGAAUCUUGGUUGCAUGAAUUGUUAUGCUUAGAUGCUUCGCUCACACCACUCUCGGCCAAAGGUGCUUCACCGCAUCCUUCAACUUGUCAAUUAUUCAUGAUCAACAGAGAUGCACUGUUCAGUUACCAUCCUGCUUCGGAAGCUUUCUUGCAACGUAUCAUGGCACUAUACGUUUCAAGCCAUUACAAAAACUCUCCAAACGAUUUGCAACUCAUGUCCGAUGCGCCAGGACAUAGAAUCUUUGUCUUGCUCGCGCCUGUUCAGGGAUCGUCGUUACCCGAACCAUUGUGUGUUUUACAGGUUGCAUUAGAAGGAAAUAUUGGUAGACAAUCAGUAUUGAAUUCACUUCAUCGCGGUCAACGUGAGGCAGGAGAUAUGAUCCCUUGGACAAUGUCUCAGCAAUAUCAAGAUGCAGAAUUCGCAACUUUGAGCGGAGCUAGGAUCGUACGAAUUGCCGUUCAUCCACAUCAUGCACGGGAAGGAUAUGGUACAAGAGCACUUGAAUGUUUGAGGAAGUUCUAUGCUGGUGAAUUGUUUGAUGCUGAUGCAGCUGCUGCGUUGCAAAGUCAAAAAGGAUCAGAAUCAUUUGAUUCAUUCCGCAAGAAUGAUUCGGGUGAAGUCAAAUUGCGUGAUGCAACUCGAAUGCCUGCUUUACUGCAAAGACUUACAGAAGUUGAACCGGAUCGAUUGGACUGGCUAGGUGUUUCGUACGGUCUCACGCCAUCUUUGUUCAAGUUUUGGAAGCAGAAUGGAUAUGUGCCCCUUUAUGUUCGUCAAUCACCCAAUGAUGUUACGGGCGAAUAUGGAAUGGUACAAUUACGAAGUGUUGAAUCGGAAUCCAAACCACCUUCUUGGCUCUGUGCAUUUGCGCAAGAUUUCGAACGUAGAUUUUUGUCUCUGUUAGGAUUCAAAUUUCGCACUUUCACUUCAAUCUCUGCUUUGAGCAUCCUUCAAGGAGCCGCUUCUGCUGCAAGGAAUGCUACUUCAAAUGAAGAGGAUGAACGAGCUGAAGUGGAAGUAGGAAAAGGACCGAUUGGUGUUCUUGAAUUGCGCAGCUUACUUUCACCUUGGGAUAUGAAAAGAUUGGAAGCAUAUGGAAACAACCUUAUCGAAUAUACAGUCAUCUUGGAUCUUUUACCGACAUUGGCAUCACUCUAUUUCACACACAGAUUACGCGUACCUGACGAUGAUUCUUUGGCGGAUGAUGCAGAUGUACCUGAGAGUGAAUCAGGAGAGAUCACAUUGAGCGGCUUGCAAAGUGCUAUGCUGUUGGCACUUGGUCUUCAACGUAAAGAGCCAGGAGAAGUGGCAAGUGAGUUGGACAUUGCACCUGUACAAGCAUUGGCAUUGUUUGGUAAAGCAGUACGCAGAAUUGUGGCAAGUUUACGCAGAGUGGAAAAGCAAAAGAUUGCACGUUCCAUGGCUAAUGAAGCAGGACAAAGAGCGCAAAAAGAAUGGAAACCAUUACAACAAUCAUUGUCGGAAGAGUUGGCAAGUGAAGGCUCAAAGAUUGUCCAAAGUGAACAAGAAAAACAAAGAGCUGAAACGCAACGUGCUUUAUUGGACAGUAUGGACAUGAGUAAAUACGCAAUCGCUGAUGACGGUCAACGAGAUUGGACAGAAGCCGAAAGACAAGCACAAAACUUGCAACCGGAUGACAUCACAUCUGGCAAAAGUACAAUCGUAAGCGUCAAAGGACCAGCAAGCGCCAAAGCUCCCGAAGAAAAGCGUAAAUCCAGCACACCUAACUCGGGAAAAAAGAAGAGGAAAAUGAAUUAA